CUUCCCGGGGACGUCCCACAGUCCGAACUGAAGUUAUCAGACAGCCAGGCACAGGCUACUCACCUCCCUCCUUUCUCCUCUUCUUCUCCUUCUUACUUCUUUUCUGCAUCUUAUCGCAAUCCCGUCAUCAUUCCUGUAUGGUGGAUAUUAUUUUCAACUCUUCUUUCUUGGGUGAUAUGGGGGAUCAUUCCAAAAAGAAGUCCGGAUUCGCGAUGUGUGUAGGCUGUGGAAGUCAGAUACAUGACCAGUACAUUCUGAGAGUUUCCCCGGACCUGGAGUGGCAUGCAGCCUGCCUGAAGUGUGCAGAGUGCAGCCAGUACCUGGAUGAGACAUGCACUUGCUUCGUACGGGACGGAAAAACCUAUUGCAAAAGAGAUUAUGUAAGGUUAUUUGGAAUAAAAUGUGCAAAAUGUAACCUGGGAUUCAGCAGCAGUGAUUUGGUGAUGCGAGCCCGGGACAACGUGUACCACAUCGAGUGUUUCAGAUGUUCCGUGUGUAGCAGGCAGCUCUUGCCGGGGGAUGAGUUCUCUCUCCGGGAUGAGGAGCUGCUAUGUCGGGCGGACCACAGUUUACUAAUGGAGCGGAGCUCUGCCGGAAGCCCAAUCAGCCCCGGACAUAUCCACUCCAACAGAUCACUACACUUAGCAGCAGAGCCGGUGACAGUACGGGCACCACACCGAAACCACGUUCACAAGCAGUCAGAGAAGACAACACGAGUGCGAACCGUUUUGAACGAGAAACAGCUCCACACGUUACGGACCUGCUACAACGCCAAUCCGCGGCCAGAUGCGCUAAUGAAGGAACAACUGGUGGAAAUGACCGGCCUCAGCCCAAGGGUUAUUCGAGUUUGGUUCCAGAAUAAAAGAUGCAAAGACAAAAAGAGAUCUAUUCUCAUGAAGCAACUUCAGCAGCAGCAACACAGUGAUAAGACUGUAAGCAUCUUCAGUCUACAGGGGCUCACAGGUACGCCUCUGGUUGCCAGAAGCCCUAUCAGACACGACAACACGGUGCAGGGUAACUCCGUGGAGGUGCAGACCUACCAGCCGCCCUGGAAGGCCCUCAGCGAGUUCGCCCUGCAGAGUGAUCUGGACCAGCCGGCCUUUCAACAACUGGUGUCUUUCUCUGAAUCGGGUUCAUUGGGAAACUCAUCCGGCAGCGACGUGACUUCUCUGUCAUCGCACUUACCCGACACCCCGAACAGCAUGGUACCCAGUCCCGUGGAGACGUGAGACCAAGCCACCAGCCUCGGUCCCAGGCCUAGCAUGUUCCCGCCCCGGUCCCCUGCAUGUGACCAGCUCAUCACAGCGUCCUAAAGACAGAGGAGUCGUUUCGGACAUGGAGGAGAAAAUGACAUAUUCUAAAUGUUGAACAAUUACCUAACGGCACUAUAAAGCAACGCGAACGAAAGCCCUUCUUUAAGACUCAGUUCAGCAGUUUUGAGGAUAUCAGUGACAAAAGAAAAACCGAACUUCGUUGCAUGAACCGAAAGAAGAUAGAAGAUUCUCGUGAUGGAUUUACAAAACAGCCUCCCUCCAUAUUACAUUGGAGCCAUUUGAUGUCGAACCAGAUGGACAUUCUGCAAUUCAUUGUGAACAUAUCGUCUCUUGGUUUCUUUAUGUGAUUUUUGAUACAUUUAUUUCGUUAUCAAGUCCAUAGACUCGUGUGUUUGUCUUAAAAAGGAGCAUGAUUUCCGAAGAUUAUAUAAAACAGAUUCUUGUUGUUAAAUAUUUGAUCUUAAUAGGAAAAGGGCAGGUUGUUUGAGCCUCUCUAACAAAAGUAAGUUAUUGUUAUUUAUUGUCAGGACAACGAUUCAUAAAGGAAGUAAUAACUGAUCAAAAAUAAACUGUUACAUCUUUA